AUGGCCUCCCACCGCAUCGGCGCGCGCGUCGCGGGCCUCUCGCCAGAGCAGCUGUGCGCCAUCAUCGAGGCGCAGGCGGGCGCGAGCGACGCCGCGCUGCGCGUGGCGGAGGAGCACGCCGCACGGCUCGUGGAGCAGCCCGAGUGGGUCCUCUCUGAGGUCCUCCUCUCGCCGGACCUCGUGCCGCACAUCCUCGCCCAGCUGCCGACCAAGGCGCACGCCGCCAAGGGGACGCCCCCCGGGCCGCUGCGGGUUUGGGAGUUAUGCUUAGGCACAGCUUCGGCGAUGGCAGCCCCUCUCUGGGGUGUUGCAUAG